GUCUUGACUUGACCGCUUACAAUACCUUCCAAAAGAAAGCCCACGACCACAGACAAGGCCUUUACCAAGCGAUGGGGGACAUGUCGGCGGAUGUGCACAAAGAUGGCCAGGCCAACUUCGGCGAUAUCAUGCAGCGGAGCGCGGGGGAGGUGCCGAUCCCGCCUACUUUGGCUCGGAAGCUAAAGGACACAGAAUGGUACGCCGGCGACCCAUUUCACGGCGUGGUCCUU